AUGCCUGAACCAGUGGGCGAACCCGAAUUAUUCCAUGAAAAGGAGCAGCUAGUGAACAACAAAGUAAAAGCGGAGAAACGCAAAAGGUCGCCCACAGCCGAAGAUAUCAGUCACACUGAGGGAACUUCUGUAAAGAAAAAACGAACCGUCGAAAGGGGAGAGCUUAACGAAGAGCCUUUUCCGAUGAAUGUAAAAACGGAGAUUCGGAACGGUAAGUAUUUCCAUUUCAGCUUGAAUUUCAUUCAGCUGUUCUUUUCUCUGGACAACCAGGGAUACAUUUUCUACAGAGCAGAGUUCUCUUCGUGA